UCCUCUCUUCGGAGAGAGAGAGAGAGAGAGAGAGAGAUGGGCUUACCUCAAAACCCAGCUAUGCCUCUGCCAUCGUUCCUCGACAAUUGGAAAAGCAACGACAAAUUUGUAUUUUCACACAAUAUCCUGUCAGUUGGCUUGUGUAACCCACCGAAUAGAUGGGUUAAAAUUAACCCAUGUAGGCUUGCAAAAGAUGAUUGUUCAUUCGGGUCAUGGUAUAACCCGAAAAUUAUAUCCCACCUCCUUUUUUCAUUCCCAAACAAAGGUUAUAUGGACCCUUCCCCUUUUUUAUCUCAUCCAACUAGUGGAUAACCACCUUUAACCCA